CUUACUUUUUUUCAGGUGCAGCUUCCUAAGUUAGUAUCGGAAGAAACGUUGAUUAAUUAUUAUAGUACUAAGCAUCCUCCAAGGCAAACAUGGCCGCCGAUCCAAAACCAGAGGGCAAAGUCUCACUUGUCACGAAAUUUAAGAAGGCAGGGUCUCAGAUUUUGGAGGACGGUUCUACAGAUGAGGUGUACAUCGAUUUGCAUCCUCGUAAACCGUGGGUUCUGAUUGUACCCUGCGGCCACUCAAGCAAGUCAGUUCAAGUGUGGAACUACGAGGAUGGCGCGCGGGUUGCGGCCUGGGUAACGCCUGAUGUGCAGAAUGGUGAAUGUGCAAAAUUCAUUGCACAGAAAGACUGGAUUGUGGUAAGACGAUUACGGUCCUUUGAUGUGUAUGAAAUCCAAGCUUCAGGCUUGCGGCAUAUCGUUGAGCUGAAGUCUCCUAAUGGAGGGUAUGCAUAUGGACUGGCAGUCCAUCAUAGCUCACCUUAUGUACUUACCGGUUUCGGAAUAGACAUUUUUUUGUGGGACUGGACCAGGAAUUGGCAAAAGAAAGCUACAUUCCGAGGCCAUUCUGCUAAUGUGAGGGUUUUGUUUUUUCAUCCAACGGAGUCACGUAUAUUUGCAAGUGGCUCAGAUGAUGGCACAAUCAAAAUUUGGGAUUCGGAAAAUAACCUCUCCCCUUCCCAAACACUUCAAGAUACUGAACAAAUGGGCUACAGCUACAGCAUGGAAUUUAGUAGUGGUCAAGAGAAGUCACUUCUGAUCACGGGCCAUAGUGGUAAGAAAGUAAGGGUCUGGGACUACAAGAGAGGAGUUUGCAUAGCCAAACUGGAAGGACACAAGAAUUUCGUGAUGUCUGCAUUUUUCCAUCCACACUUGCCCUACAUCUUCAGUGCGUCAUCUGAUGGAGAAAUUAGAGUUUGGAGACAGUCAAACUACGAGCUGGUGUCAUCGUUUCCACUUGGAGUCAAAUAUCUGACGAGCAUGGCUGCUUGCAGAAACUCUCACAAGCUCGUGCUUGGAGCUGAAGGACAGUUCCAGGUUCUUGAGAUCAACACAAGAGAAAAAAAACACAUUCGGACACAAGAACUGAAGAAGGAGAAGAAGAUUAAGGAGUUGGAAAGCGAAGAGGUGACUCGCAUCAAACUUGAGCUAGCCAGGAAAAAAGAGGAAGAGUUGGGGGAGAUGAUACUGAAACAUAUGAACGAACUCGACAAAGUGAGAGCAGAUCACCAAGAGAAAGAGAGAAUGCAAGCAAGUCAGGCGAAGCAAUUAGAGGAUGAGGUAAGAGCGCUCAAGUCGAAGAGCACAGUGAUGGGAGAGAGGCUUGCAAAUGCAGAAAGGAGGAACGGAGAGCUGGAGGCCGAGAGGGCAGAGCUUGCACAAAAGGUCCAACACCUGCACAGUGAGGUGAAAAACCUCGUUGCACAGAAGACAGUACUCGUGGAAAAGCUUGAAAAAUCCACGAAAAAGAUUCGGGAGCUGGAGCUAGAGAGAGUAGCCCUCAUCAAAGAUUUCAACGRAAGAAUCAGUGAAAUGAAACUCCGACUGAAAARUGAAGYUGCUGCRCGYRCARCGMGAGUGUAUUCUCUGGCGGAGCUCAAGGAGGCUACAAACGACUUCAACAUGACUCUGGGAAGCGGUGAUGCAGAUUACAACGAGUCUGUUUACUCUGGAAAACUCCAYGAUGGUAYGCCUAUUAUGGUUAAGAAGGUGAGGGUUACAAGCACACGAGGGGCUCGUCAUGCGGAAUUCAAGGACAAGGUGGUGGACAUGUUGAGAAUAUUGCAGCAUCCCAAUUUGUUGAGGCUGUUGGGAGUUUGUUAUGAAGAGAAUUGUUUGGUGUACGAGGACGUGGCAAAUGGAAGUCUGAAGCAGUGGAUUUCAGGUGGGGACAAUCACAGGAGAGGAUUUCUCCCAUGGUACGUUCGCCUUCGUGUGAUGGCAGAAGUCGCUCGUGCAGUAUCCUUCAUCCACUCUAACCGGCUGGACAAUGGUCGUCCCAUCAUCCACGGCGCCAUCAAACCAGCAAACGUACUUCUCGAUCACAACUUUGUGGCAAAGAUUUGCGGGGUUGAACGGGCUCUCCUUGUGUCCCAACAGCCCUGCGGAGGGCAGGGCUCCGAAGGUUCUUUUCGCACUUUCCUUGGAAGCAACUCUCAGUACAUGGCACCGGAAUAUUUGCGUUCUGGGGUUUGCAGCGAGAAGACAGACAUCUACGCGCUGGGUGUGACUCUUUUGGAAGUUCUCACUGGGAAAUUCUGGAAUGCACUGGGAAUUGUUGAAGAUGCAAUGGGAGGAGGUGGUGCAGCAUUUGAAAAUGCUCUUGAUCCAAGUGCCGGCGCUUGGGAUGUCGGUUUGGCCCUGGAGGUGGCAGGUUUGGGGCUGCGCUGUACGACCCUGGACAAACGGAAUCGGCCAGACAUGGAGACAGCGGACAUUGGCAUUGUAGCUACAUUGGACAGAAUCGCAGAAAAAGUAGAGCUUGCUGCAGCAGCUGAAGAUAGGUAGCAAGAGCAAAUGAAUGGGGGAGGAUACU